AUGGUCCAAGCUAUUGCUACACUUCGUCAAAACCUUAAAUCGGGAGUCAACCCUGCUAGUGUUGAGCCUUAUGGUACUGUAGUGUUCGCCGAGGAAGGUGACAAGACUAAAAUUGACGUCGACAUUGUCGGGUUGGCGCCUGGCGAACAUGGCUUUCAUAUUCAUGAAUUCGGCGAUCAAACCGACGGCUGUGUCUCGGCUGGUGCACACUUCAACCCGUUCGGUAAGACUCAUGGUGCACCAACUGCAGCAGAGCGUCAUGUUGGUGAUCUAGGAAACAUUACUAUUGGCGAAGACAAAAGUGUAAAGACUACACUUUAUGAUGGUCAGAUUAAACUGACAGGAGAGCAUUCGAUCGUUGGACGUUCAAUUGUUGUACACGCUCUUCGAGAUGAUCUUGGUCUGACACCAAAUGAUGCAGAAAGUCUCAAGACUGGCAAUGCUGGUGCUCGUCUUCUUUGUGGUGUUAUCGGUAGGACUUCCUCAUCUACGAUUAUUAUUAAUAACCCUAACCCUCCAAAAUCAUCACUCUAA